AUGAGACCCGUUUCCCUCCUCGGCGGCCUUGGCACAGCCUCCGUCGCUGCGGCGGCUCUCGCCUACCGCGGUGUCGACUGGUCCUCCGUCGCCGUCGAAGAAGCCGCUGGCGUCAACUACAAGUCCGCGACCACCAACCAAGCGGCGCCACUGGAGAGCAUCCUGGCCGCCAGCGGCGUCAACAUGGUCCGCCAGCGUCUCUGGGUCAACCCCAAACCCGACAAUGGCGCCUACAACCUGGCCUACAACCUGAAGCUGGCACGCCGCGCGCGGGCGGCGGGGCUCGGCGUCUACCUGGACCUGCACUACUCGGACACAUGGGCGGACCCGGGCCACCAGACCAUCCCAGCGGGCUGGCCGAAGACGCUGGAAGAACUGACCACACAAAUCUUCAACUACACCCGGGACGUGUGCGACGCGUUUGCAGCCGACGCCGUCCCCGGGGCGGCCGCCACCUCCUCCCUGCCGCCCCUCUCCAUCAUCUCCAUUGGCAACGAAAUCACAAACGGCCUGCUCUGGCCGGUCGGCAGCACCAAGUCGUACAGCAACAUUGCGGCCCUCUUGCACGCCGCGUCCGCCGGCGUCAAAGCCUCCAAGCUCGCCACCGUCCGUGACGCCCCGCCGCCCAAAAUCAUGGUCCACCUCGACAACGGCUGGUCCUGGUCCGCCCAGCAUUCGUUUUAUACCAAGGUGCUGGCAUCCGGCUCACCGUUGGUGGCGUCCGACCUGGACAUCAUGGGCGUCUCGUACUACCCCUUUUACAACGCCGCUGCCACCCUCGCCAGCCUGAAAACGUCGCUCCAGAACAUGGCCGCCGCCUGGGGCAAGGAGCUCGUCGUCGCCGAGACGGACUGGCCGACCUCGUGUCCGCGGCCCAAGUACAGUUUCCCCGCGGACGCCAAGAGCAUUCCAUAUACGGCGGCCGGGCAGACCGCCUGGGUGCAGGCCGUCGCAAACGUUGUCGCGGGCGUGGCCGGCGGCCGGGGCUUGUUUUAUUGGGAGCCCGCUUGGGUCCAUAAUGCCAACCUGGGCUCAUCGUGCGCCGACAGCCUCAUGGUGUCGCAGACUGGACAGGCGCUGUCGAGUUUGGCAGUGUUCUCAACUAUUUGA